CCCCCAAAGUAUCCAAAGAACAACCGCCGGCCGACGACUCUCUUGUCAACUCAACAACAGUUCAGUUCGAAAGCAAACAUGGCGCUUGAUUUCGCAGCUACUUACAAGGUUCUGGUGCUAGGUGACUCGAACGUUGGGAAAACUUGCAUCGUGCACCGUUAUUGUGACGAACGUUACUACGAUACUUAUAUAUCAACGAUAGGUAUCGAUUUCAAGCAAAAAAUAAUUAACUUGGAUGGAACGCCAAUUAAACUUCAAAUUUGGGAUACUGCUGGUCAAGAGCGAUUUAGAGCGCUAACAACAGCUUAUUAUCGCGGUGCCAUGGGUAUCCUUCUGAUGUAUGACGUCACUAGCUUAGAAAGUUUCAAUCAUUUAUCCUACUGGCUACGAAAUAUUCAAGAAAACGCCUCGCCAGAUGUAGUGAAGGUAGUUGCAGCAAACAAAUGUGACGUUACCGCGCAUAGGGCUGUUGAUGCGGAAAGGGGGCAGAAAAUAGCCGAGAAUUUCGAUAUGCCUUUCUUCGAAGUGUCUUGUAAGGAAAAUAUAAACAUCGAGGAAGCUUUCCUUACUUUAGCUAGAAGAAUACGAGAGCAACGAGGACGUCGGGCUAGUUUGUUCGAAGCUUCCGAAAGGGAAGGAGCCAACAAUAUAGUCAUGUCCGAAGAACGGUCUCACGCCUCGGUUUCAGUCUCCGUCCCUUCCGCUGAACCUUGGAGGUGCGCAUGUUAGUUGCUAUAAUUAUGGAGAAUAAUAUCAAGACACGAUAUACUUCGAAUAUCGAUAAAUACGAAGUAUCCACUCCGGACAAGAUUUUAUCUUUUAUGGUUACGCACAAAAAUAAAAGGAGGAGAGGUACGUCAUUUCAAUAUAUGUAAGUGUUGAAUAAACUCUGGUAAGUUCGUGAUAACCUCAACAUUUUUGUAUUAGCUGUUAACAUUCGCGUACUUUGUAGCCGAAUCAAAGGCGUAACGGUCUACCAAUUUAAUCUAUUAACAGCGUUUUUGCAACUAUUUAAUUUUGUGUACAGUGUACAUAUUUAUUUGAGCUUUAUUGUCGUAACUAAUAGCGUACAUUACAUAGGGAAAGAUCGUUUGUUCCUGACGAUGUAGCGGUGCAUCGAGAACGUGCUAUCAACUAAAAGUAAGAUUCAUUUUACUGAAACUUAUCGGUUUCAUGGUAAUUACAAAAGAAAUAAAAACUUGGUUACUAUUACGUUUCUAAUAUUUUAGUUAUUUUCUAAAGCAGAAAAUAAAUGCUAUGUAUAUGUAUAAACAAGUAACAUUAAUUAUAUUAAAAGUUACACUAAUAUAUAAUCCUCUUUUAGGACAAAGAAACACUCUGUUACCUCGUCACGCUGGUUUCAGUCAAUUGAUCUUUAGCACGAUAUAAACUAGAACACCGACGCUAUGUUUAUUUUACUAAAUUGAAAUUUAAUUAAAUUUCGAACGAAUUAAAUUUUGUGCUAGCGACGACUGAAAAAAUAUCACGAACUAAGCAGAGCUUAUUUUACACACUAUGCGAUUUACAGCGAUGUGAACGAAUUUGUCGAGUAAAAUUUUACGAAAGGCAGGAGUCGCGAGCCUUGCAGAGGCAAGGCUAAAAGAUGAGAAAGCAAGAGAUAGAAAGAGAUUUUUGUAUCGAAGGCUAGAUAUUAUAUGUACGUCUACGGUGUAGCUAAUGACUUGUCACUUGUCACAAAUACUUCAAGCCAUAUUGCAAAUAUUAUCGUGAAUUUUGCACUAUUCCUUUUCUAAUGGUUUUAAAGCGCCGAACAAGUGAUACAAUUCGUUAGACGCAUAUAUCGUUCGCGCUAAUAUUCGCGUUAAUAUACGAUUGUACGUACUGCGUAUUAACGAGUAGAGCAACGCAAGUCGUAUACAUAACAAGAGCACAAUUAUAUAUGUACUAUGCUAAGCGUUAUUGUUAUUACUGAAAAGAGAGAGAGACUCGUACUUUACAUCAACUUAUGUAUGCUCUGAUGUUGCAAGAACUUUGCGUGCCCUACUAAAAAGCCGAUAUGAUUAUUUCAUUUUUUACAAAUUAUUGAAACAGUCACAAAUUAACUUUGAUAUAUACGUGCACGAUAGAAGAGCCCAUUUGCAAUGACAAUGUUUCCAACUGCAGUAAAUAACGAACAGCUGUUCGCUGUUGUGAAUCAUCAGGGCAACUUUGAAAAUGGUUGAUAAUGAAAUUCGCGUGUGACUGUUUAAAUAAAAGACGAAAUAACAUUGUGACAUCUGUGAGUCGGUCACGAUCGUUUCUCACGGGAGGAAACAUAAGAAACACCCACCAAGCUUUUGUAAUAAUCAAUAACGUUCAUAUGAAAUUAAAGAGGCUGAAGCACUUAAUAAAUUUGCGAUAAAAUAUGUAUGGCAUUCGUUCAUACUAAGUGAAACAUACGGUGCAACUGUACAAGAAAAACGUUUUAUAACAUUUUAAACACAGUCCUAUUAUAUUAAAUAUACUAUGUUACAAAUUGCUUCUUAGCAAUAAUUUUGCACAAUUUUACUCGUAAGUUUUACUCGAACUAACUGCUGAUCUUUUAUAACAUUAUUGUAGUUUCAAAAGUUUCCAGAAUUGUUUUUCUUCGCUCGUGCCACAUUCAGUUGUGCGUUGUGCGGGAAAUCGUGCAUGAAAACUUGUUAUCGUCGUUGAUUCUCUGAUUUAACGAUUGAUUAACCCUCGGAUGCCAAGGCACACGACACCACAGCCAAUCAUUUUUCUCCCAUACACAUACGUACGUACAUACAUAGUUUCUGCCCCCGUUUCCUGCGUUGUUUUAUUGAUAGCAAAAUUAUAUAUUUAUAUAUAAUCAAAGGAAUUAAUAUUUAACAUUAUUUACAUAUACUUAUAUAAAAUUAAAUUAUAUAAUAUUUGUAACGCAAAUUUUUCAAGGAAUUUCCUUACUAGAUAAAAACAGGAAGACACAAAUAAUAGAGCGAAUGUCGUUCAUAAAUGUUUUGCAUAUUCAUGAAAAUUACGAAACUUACAACUAUAAACCACGAUAUGCAACAACAAUCAAGGACGCUAUACAACUAUCCAAACUAUAUCGAAUAAUGAAAAUUAUAAAAUCGAAUUUUACCAAUACAACGUUUCUCUAUGAAGAUACAUCAGAAUCUACAAUGCGUACAAUUGUUUGAUUUCGUUCGCAGAUCAAAUCUGAAAUGGCUCGAUCGCGAUCGGCCGAGGGUUCAAUCGAAUUUAUUUUUAAAUUAUAAAUAAUACAUUUGAAAGUCACAUAUAUGCGCAACUAUCGGAUAUUACAAGCUGCAAGCAGUACAUAUGUAUAAUAUGUACUUACCAACAUUUGGAUAAACUCGCUUAACGUUCACACAAGGCCUAAAGAAACAGAUAUCGAUGUUAUUGAUACAGUAUCUUCCUGUUGCUUCGAGCAUUCGCACGAUCUCAUUCGCGUAAGACGUAACACAUACAUAGAUACUUCGUUUAAGCGUUUAAUAUCACAAUCGUCACCAUAAAACAGCACGCAUGCAAAAAGAUGUGGACAUUGCCAAGGCUAUUAACCGAGGACCAUUGCUUUUCCAUUAAUGAAGAAGCGUGUGUGAUUUGUAAUUGCAUCGAAAUCGGAAAUACCGACAUACAGACGUUCGAUGUACUUAAGGAUUUGAUUUCAAGGAAAAAAGGUAGUCACCUUCUUGUACUUGGAAUAUAUUAAGAUUACGAUCGAAAAGCUCAUAACAAUAUCGGUUUACGAUAAAUAAAUUGAUGGAAAUAAGUCAUUUGUUUCUUUUUUUAUUUGUUGGCAAAGCUAAACGUUAAUAACGUAUUCCAACAAUGAACAGUUCAGAAGUUGAGAGAUUUAUGGCAAAACAUAUGUUCCUCCUUUUCCAUGUUUGUCUAUUCCCAGGCAAGAAAAAAUAAUAGUCUUUAAUUUUUCUUUAAUACAUCUCAAUUUUUUGAUGACAAAAUAUUCGUUAUAUUACAUAAUCAUUAUAAAUGUCUUUAUAAUUAUACACCACAGAAGCAUCAUAUUUAAUUAAAUCGCGGAAUUACGCACUCGUGACAAGGACUUUUAACAGGUUAAUCUUCAUUCCACGAUAAAUCAAGACACUGAGUAUUUUUUACAAUAUCAGAAUAUACACCAUUAUUUUGUUGUAAGUUUCGCUGCUAACUACUAGAAUACGUUAUUAUCUAAAAGUUCGACAAGAGUCGUUUUUGUUGAGUCGCACAAUUAUUGCAAAAGGUGUCUCACUUUCAAUCUUUUAAAAAUUAUUACCAAUUAUCAUUUCUUGUAUUUAUGGAACAAUUUAAGAUGAAAAAUGCACCAGAUGCAAGUAACAUACAACAAUAUAUAAAACUUAACAGAUUUAAAAUAUAUUAUCUGUUAUAAUAUCUAUUAGGUGAAACAAAUCUUUGUUUAGAUUCCAUUUGUUUGAUUGUAUUUGGAAAAUAUGAAUCUGCAUAAAUAUAUAAAAUAUUCACAAACUAAUAA